UUUCCUGCUCUUUGUGCGGGCGGCGCGGAGCAUCCCCCGCGGAGCAUCCCGCGGCGCCGGCAUCGCACCCGCGGAGCGCAGCAGGGGAGCUGAACAUCUGCAGCCAUGACGACUCACGUCACGCUCGAGGAUGCCUUGUCCAACGUGGACUUGCUGGAGGAGCUGCCCCUGCCAGACCAGCAGCCAUGCAUCGAGCCUCCUCCCUCCUCCAUCAUGUACCAGGCUAAUUUUGACACAAACUUUGAAGACAGGAACGCCUUUGUGACAGGCAUUGCCAGGUACAUCGAGCAGGCCACGGUGCACUCCAGCAUGAAUGAGAUGCUGGAAGAAGGCCAUGAGUACGCCGUGAUGCUCUACACGUGGAGGAGCUGCUCACGAGCCAUCCCUCAGGUGAAAUGUAAUGAACAGCCAAACCGAGUGGAGAUUUAUGAGAAAACAGUGGAAGUCCUGGAGCCAGAAGUCACCAAGCUUAUGAAGUUCAUGUAUUUUCAGCGCAAGGCCAUCGAGCGGUUCUGCAGCGAGGUGAAGCGCCUGUGCCACGCUGAGAGGAGGAAGGACUUCGUGUCUGAGGCCUAUCUCCUCACUCUGGGCAAGUUCAUCAACAUGUUUGCUGUCCUGGAUGAGCUGAAAAACAUGAAGUGCAGCGUGAAAAAUGAUCAUUCUGCUUACAAAAGAGCUGCCCAGUUCCUGAGGAAGAUGGCAGACCCCCAGUCCAUCCAGGAGUCCCAGAACCUCUCCAUGUUCCUGGCAAACCACAACCGCAUCACUCAGUGUCUGCACCAACAACUAGAGGUUAUCCCUGGCUAUGAGGAGUUGCUGGCUGAUAUUGUCAACAUCUGUGUGGAUUACUAUGAAAACAAGAUGUAUCUCACCCCCAGUGAGAAGCACAUGCUCUUAAAGGUGAUGGGGUUUGGCCUGUAUCUCAUGGAUGGGAAUGUCAGCAACAUUUACAAGUUGGAUGCCAAGAAGAGAAUCAACCUUAGCAAAAUAGACAAAUUCUUCAAGCAGCUGCAGGUGGUUCCUUUAUUCGGCGAUAUGCAGAUAGAACUGGCCAGAUACAUUAAGACCAGUGCUCACUAUGAGGAGAACAAAUCCAAGUGGACGUGCACUCAGAGCAGCAUCAGCCCCCAGUACAACAUCUGUGAGCAGAUGGUGCAGAUCCGAGACGACCACAUCCGCUUCAUCUCGGAGCUCGCGCGCUACAGCAACAGCGAGGUGGUCACUGGCUCAGGCCUGGACAGCCAGAAGUCGGAUGAGGAGUACAGGGAGCUCUUUGACCUGGCUUUACGGGGGCUGCAGCUGCUGUCCAAGUGGAGUGCCCAUGUCAUGGAAGUGUACUCUUGGAAGCUGGUUCAUCCCACAGAUAAAUUCUGUAACAAGGAUUGCCCAGGAACAGCUGAAGAGUAUGAGAGAGCCACCCGGUACAACUACACCAGUGAGGAGAAGUUUGCCUUUGUGGAAGUGAUUGCCAUGAUCAAAGGGCUGCAAGUGCUGAUGGGGCGGAUGGAGAGUGUCUUCAACCAGGCUAUCCGUAACACCAUCUACGCCGCCCUGCAGGACUUCGCCCAGGUGACCCUGAGGGAGCCUCUCCGACAGGCUGUCAGGAAGAAGAAGAACGUUCUGAUCAGUGUCCUUCAGGCAAUUCGGAAGACAAUCUGUGACUGGGAGGGAGGUCGAGAGCCUCCAAAUGAUCCUUGCCUGAGAGGUGAGAAGGAUCCCAAAGGUGGAUUUGAUAUUAAAGUCCCACGACGAGCUGUAGGACCAUCAAGCACGCAGCUUUACAUGGUGCGGACCAUGCUGGAGUCCCUCAUAGCAGACAAGAGUGGCUCGAAGAAGACUCUGAGGAGCAGCUUGGAUGGGCCAAUAGUCUUGGCCAUUGAGGAGUUCCACAAGCAGUCCUUCUUCUUCACCCACCUUCUCAACAUCAGCGAAGCUCUGCAGCAGUGCUGUGACCUGUCCCAGCUCUGGUUCCGGGAGUUCUUCUUGGAGCUGACCAUGGGCCGCCGCAUCCAGUUCCCCAUUGAGAUGUCCAUGCCCUGGAUCCUCACGGACCAUAUUUUGGAAACCAAAGAACCCUCCAUGAUGGAGUAUGUGCUGUACCCCCUGGACCUCUACAAUGACAGUGCAUACUAUGCUUUGACCAAGUUCAAAAAGCAGUUCCUGUAUGAUGAAAUUGAAGCUGAAGUGAAUUUGUGCUUUGAUCAAUUUGUGUACAAGCUGGCAGAUCAGAUCUUUGCCUAUUACAAAGCAAUGGCUGGCAGUGUUUUACUGGACAAACGUUUCCGGGCUGAGUGCAAGAAUUAUGGGGUGAUCAUUCCAUACCCACCAUCCAACCGCUACGAAACGCUGCUCAAGCAGAGGCACGUCCAGUUGCUGGGCAGAUCAAUCGACCUGAACAGGCUCAUUACCCAGCGCAUCUCUGCAGCCAUGUACAAAUCAUUAGACCAGGCCAUCAGCCGCUUCGAGAGCGAGGACCUGACAUCCAUUGUGGAGCUGGAGUGGCUCUUGGAAAUCAAUCGCCUGACUCACAGGCUGCUGUGCAAGCACAUGACUCUGGACAGCUUCGAUGCCAUGUUCCGCGAGGCCAACCACAACGUGUCCGCGCCCUAUGGGCGCAUCACCCUGCACGUCUUCUGGGAGCUCAACUUCGACUUCCUGCCCAACUACUGCUACAACGGAUCCACCAACAGGUUUGUGAGGACAGCGAUCCCCUUCACACAGGAGCCCCAGCGGGACAAGCCAGCCAACGUCCAGCCCUAUUACCUCUAUGGGUCCAAGCCUCUCAACAUUGCCUACAGCCACAUCUACAGCUCCUACCGCAACUUCGUGGGGCCACCUCAUUUCAAGACCAUCUGUCGGCUCCUGGGCUACCAGGGCAUCGCCGUGGUCAUGGAGGAGCUGCUGAAGAUCGUCAAGAGCCUGCUCCAAGGCACCAUCCUGCAGUAUGUGAAGACUCUGAUUGAAGUAAUGCCCAAGAUCUGCCGCUUGCCAAGACAUGAAUAUGGCUCUCCAGGAAUCCUGGAGUUCUUCCACCAUCAGCUGAAGGACAUCAUUGAGUAUGCAGAGCUGAAGACUGAUGUGUUCCAGAGCCUCAGAGAAGUGGGCAAUGCCAUUCUCUUCUGCCUCCUUAUCGAGCAGGCUUUGUCCCAGGAAGAAGUUUGUGAUUUGCUGCAUGCUGCUCCCUUCCAAAAUAUUUUGCCCAGGGUCUACAUCAAAGAAGGAGAACGCUUGGAGGUGCGCAUGAAGCGUCUCGAAGCCAAGUAUGCCCCACUUCACCUGGUUCCCCUAAUAGAGAGGCUGGGCACUCCGCAGCAAAUAGCCAUCGCCCGGGAGGGGGACCUGCUGACCAAGGAGCGGCUGUGCUGCGGGCUCUCCAUGUUCGAGGUGAUCCUGACGCGCAUCCGGAGCUACCUGCAGGACCCCAUCUGGCGCGGGCCGCCCCCCACCAACGGGGUCAUGCACGUGGACGAGUGCGUGGAGUUCCACCGGCUCUGGAGCGCCAUGCAGUUCGUGUACUGCAUCCCCGUGGGCACCAACGAGUUCACGGCAGAGCAGUGCUUUGGAGAUGGUCUGAACUGGGCAGGUUGCUCUAUCAUUGUUCUCCUUGGACAGCAACGGCGCUUUGACCUCUUUGACUUCUGCUACCACCUGCUGAAGGUGCAGAGGCAGGAUGGGAAAGAUGAAAUCAUAAAAAACGUGCCCUUGAAGAAGAUGGCCGACAGGAUCAGGAAGUAUCAGAUCCUGAACAACGAGAUCUUUGCCAUUCUGAACAAGUACAUGAAGUCGGUGGAAACAGACAGUUCCACGGUGGAGCACGUGCGCUGCUUCCAGCCCCCCAUCCACCAGUCGCUGGCCACCACCUGCUAGUGUGGACACGGACCCUGCACGGGUUGGGAAGGGAGCAGGGACUGAACCCAAACCAGCUGGGAGGGGUAAACUUGAUGGUGUGAGGCCUGAGAAGGGAGUGAGGCUGGGUCUGCCUCACCACACGAGGACACACCUUCCCCUCGCCCCGUUUGAGUGCAUGUUCCUCUGUACCAUCCCUGUGAUCGGUUUUACUCGUAGCUUUCGGACUUGAGGGGGGUGGGGGUGGGUGGGCAAAAUGUGCUUUUCUUCCAUGAAGUGGUCCGGUUUUCCCUGUGAUUCACCCAGUCCACACAUCUCUCUGAAGCCAUACUGCAGCCUCAGGUGGGAGAUCUCCACGCUCCCACGGCGCCGGGAACCCGCUCCCACCGCAGAAGCAGCAGGACAAAUCAACACCCCCGUGACACGUGCCACCAGCCAAGGAGCAGGAGGGGCUGAAGACAAGUCCCUGAUCCACUCUUUGAGGGGAAGAAGGGAUGAAGGCAGUAUCUCACCCAUGGCACUGCCCUGAGGAUCGAGUGCUGGGUGCAGAGGAGCCCUGCCAGGCUGGUCGUGGAUGGAUGCCUGACUCAGGCA